UUUAUGCUGAUUCAGUCAUUUGCAUGAGACAACAUUACCAAGGUUAAUUGGGUGAUCAUUAAGCUUUUCUUUUAGCAAUAGAAGUUUCCGAGUAAUUCAUGGAGAUCUUUGGAUGUUCUCCUCAAUAAAAAUAGGGGUUUAUCUUUGUGCCUUUGUUAUAGCCUUAUAGAUGUGGCAGGUGGAGGACUUGCAUGGUAAACUAGUUUUUUUCUUUUUUGGUUGAGCAAAUUGCUGAGUAACAGGUAGAAGUUCCUGCUAUACUGUCGCCGUCCUUUGUUCGUGUCCCCUCCUGACGCUAUCCCCCCAGCGAUUACGUGAAUUAUAGGGGGGCUCUAUGGAUAUUGUUCGUCUCCUUUCCUUCUCUCUCCCCUCUACCAUCAAAGGGUUAAAGAUUAGUUGACACUAAACCAGACAUAGCUCAGAGUUCUUUCUGUCUUAGGAACACUGCAGAUUUUGGGAACACAACAUCAGCUUGUUCUCUCUAAAUACAUGAUCAUGUUCUGUGAACUUUCUUUUAUUCUAGUCCUCUUCUAUUUAUUCUGUCAUGUUUUCAGUGCUUUACAGUCUAUGUUGCACAAGUCAUGUCAAGAUCAUGACGUUUUUUAUAUACAUGAUGGUGGUUGAGAUGCUUAACCAUAUAGAUCAACACAAGAAUCAUGACUUGUCCAAUACUGUAACCAAUUCGCUUCAACCUCAAUCACUUAAUUUUCUUUGUACUUUACCAGAAGGCUUGAUGGGAUCCCAUAAAUAGGCCAACAUUUGCAAUUCCACUUUAAUUGCCAUCUGUUUCUGAACCAUGGAUCCAUUUCUUCUCUCCAUCCUCUUGUGCUUAUGGAUCUUUAUUGUAGUGUAUUGGAGAAGGAUGAACAGCAUGAGGCUAAGGCUUCCACCUGGACCUCCAACAUGGCCAAUCUUUGGUAACCUUCUCCAGUUGAGCCCUCUUCCACACAAAGACUUCGCUCGAUUCUGCACCAAAUAUGGCCCCCUUGUCUAUCUCCGCCUAGGAACCAUCGAUGCCAUCACCACCGAUGAUCCUGAAGUCAUCCGUGAAAUACUCAUCCGGCAAGAUGAGGUCUUUGCUUCACGGCCUCGGACACUGGCUGCGGUCCAUCUUGCCUAUGGGUGUGGUGAUGUGGCUCUAGCUCCACUGGGGCCAAACUGGAAAAGGAUGAGGAGAGUUUGCAUGGAGCACUUGCUGACAACCAGGCGGCUUGAGUCCUUCGCUGCUCACCGAGCUCAGGAGGCUGAGCACCUCUGUCAGUUUGUAUGGGCUAAAGCUCAGUCCGGGAAGCCCGUGAACCUCAGAGAGGUUCUCGGCGCCUUCUCUAUGAACAACGUCACGAGGAUGCUGCUGGGGAAGCAGUACUUCGGGAUCCAGUCCGCAGGACCCGGUGAAGCGAUGGAGUUCAUGCACAUCACCCAUGAGUUGUUCUUCCUGUUGGGCCUGAUCUAUCUCGGGGACUACUUGCCGGCCUGGAGGUGGGUCGACCCGUACGGGUGCGAGAAGAAGAUGAGGGAGGUCGAGAAGAAGGUGGACGACUUCCACCAGAAGAUAAUUGAUGAGCACAGGAGGGCUCGGGAGGCCAAGAAGAGUGCUGCCUCCUUUGAUGCUGAUGAUACCAAAGAAGAGAUGGACUUCGUCGAUGUGCUGCUGUCUUUGCCUGGUGAGAACGGGAAGGAGCACAUGGAUGAUGUCGAGAUCAAAGCUUUGAUGCAGGACAUGAUCGCUGCUGCUACGGACACUUCAUCAGUGACCAACGAGUGGGUGAUGGCGGAGGUGAUCAAGAACCCGCGCGUGCUCCGGCGGAUCCAGGAGGAGCUGGACGCCGUGGUCGGGCGCGGCCGGAUGGUGAUGGAGUCGGACCUCCCCCACCUCCCCUACCUCCGGUGCGUGGUCCGCGAGUCCUUCCGGAUGCACCCGGCGGGGCCGUUCCUGAUCCCGCACGAGUCCCUGAAGCCGACGACGAUCAUGGGGUACCACAUCCCGGCGCGCACGCGCGUGUUCAUCAACACACACGCGCUGGGCCGGAACCCGCGCGUGUGGGACGCCGUCGACGAGUUCCGGCCGGAGCGGCACCUGCCGGUGGAGGAGGGCGCCCGGGUGGAGAUCAGCCACCUGCCGGACUUCAAGAUCCUGCCCUUCAGCGCCGGGAAGCGCAAGUGCCCCGGCGCGCCGCUGGGCGUGGCGCUGGUGCUCAUGGCGCUCGCCAGGCUCUUCCACUGCUUCGACUGGUCCCCGCCCGACGGCCUCCGCCCCGAGGACGUCGACACCCGGGAGGUGUACGGCAUGACCAUGCCCAAGGCCGCGCCGCUCGUCGCCGUCGCCACGCCGCGCCUGCCGCCGCACAUGUACGCCGCCGCCGGCUCUGUAGUCUGACGUACGCUAGCUAGCAAGCUCCUGGCACUCCAUGUCCAUGUAAGCCAAGCCCUGGCUAAUGGUAACGGAGAACUGAUCCUAUACACAUACAUGAACAAACGAUGAAUGAAAUGCAAAUCCUUCCUUUCCGCUGAAAAA